AUGCGUUUGUUUGUGUUCAGAAACUCUACAGAGAAGCAGGAGUCGGAGCAGCUGGUCGAUCAUGUUCCUGCGCUGCUGGCCAUGGCCACUUCUUACAUGAUCCUGAAGCGAACCCCUCGAGCCCGAAACCAGCUCAAACGCAUGGCCAAGAUGAACUGGAAGAUCAUUGAUGCGGACGAGUUUGAAAAGAGCUGGCAGCUUCUGGCCGACAUCUACAUCCAGUCAGGAAUAAAGUCCUGCUGCAAGUCGUACAAGUGCAUGGGCUACAUUAUGGAGAGAGAUGCUGCCAUGAAUUAUGAUUUGGCCUGGAAGUACAGCAAUCGAACUGACCCCACUAUCGGCUACAAGCUCGUGUUCAUGAAGGCCAAAAGACACGUGGAUGCUAUAGAUGUGUGCCAUAAAGUUUUGGAUGCACACCCCAACAAUCCACGCAUCUUGGACAAAUCAAGAAAAGCUUUAAGAUCAUGACAGAAAGACUGGUUCAAUAUUUUUCCUUAUGUACACAGAAAUAAAUAAACAUUUGAAAACACUUAUGUCAGGCCACAGAUUUCACAAUAUAUAUGCACAUUUUCUGUAUGCAGUAAAGUACACUGCACAGAAUACUGAAUCCCACAAUGCAAUGUGCUUGACCUUGUAUUCUCAAUGUGUUUGCAUCUUUAGUUGACCUGGUUGGCAAACAUCAGAACAUUUUUGCCUAAAAUUAAAUCAAAACUGCAACUUUUUAUUUCCAAGAUGAUAACGGUGAGGUCAUGUGAGAACAAUGUAUCAUACUACUGUUUGACUGCAUUGUGUGGAGUCCUGGCAAACUGCUGACUUCAUACUUGUACAUGCUAUAUAAUGCAUACUCUUUUUUUUUUUUUUUUUUUAAACAAUGCAGUAUGCAAUAUGCAUGGCUUUGUUUAGAGUUCUUCAAAUUCAAAU